AAAGCCAGAGAGGAGGAGGAGGGGGAGAGGCAGAGGGAAACCCAGCCCACCCUUUGCCUCCCUCCUGCCUCCUUCUAAAACUUGCAGAUUCCUCCAGCCUGUCCGAGCGCCUGAAGUUCCCUCAGCCGUGCUGCCGGGACUGCGAGGUCUGCUGAAAGAUGAGGGCCUGGAUUUUUUUCCUUCUCUGCCUGGCAGGCAAAGCCCUGGCAGCGCCGCAGGAGGCUCUGCCCGAUGAGACAGAGGUCAUCGAGGAUCCCACCACAGAGGAGCCCGUGGGGGCUAACCCUGUCCAGGUGGAGGUGGGAGAGUUCGAGGAACCCACCGAGGAUGUAGAGGAGAUUGUUGCAGAGAACCCCUGCCAGAACCACCACUGCAAGCACGGCAAGGUGUGUGAGGUGGAUGACAACAACUCUCCCAUGUGUGUGUGCCAGGACCCCUCCAGCUGCCCCGCCAGCGCCGGCGUCUUCGAGAAGGUCUGUGGCACUGACAACAAGACCUACGACUCCUCCUGCCACUUCUUUGCCACCAAGUGCACCUUGGAGGGAACCAAGAAGGGACACAAGCUGCACCUGGACUACAUUGGGCCUUGCAAAUUCAUCCCUGCCUGCCUGGACACGGAGCUGACCGAGUUCCCCCUACGCAUGCGGGACUGGCUCAAGAACGUGCUGAUCACGCUGUACGAGCGCGACGAGGACAACAACCUGCUGACCGAGAAGCAGAAGCUCAAGGUGAAGAAGAUCCACGAGAACGAGAAGCGCCUGGAGGCCGGUGACCACACCGUGGAGCUCCUGGCCAGGGACUUUGAGAAGAACUACAACAUGUACAUCUUCCCUGUGCACUGGCAGUUUGGGCAGCUGGACCAGCACCCCAUUGAUGGGUACCUGUCCCACACGGAGCUGGCCCCGCUGCGUGCCCCCCUGAUCCCCAUGGAGCACUGCACCACUCGCUUCUUCGAGGCCUGCGACCUGGACAACGACAAGUACAUCGCCCUGGAGGAGUGGGCCAGCUGCUUUGGCAUCAAGGAGAAGGACAUAGACAAGGAUCUCGUGAUCUAAACGCUCACCUUCCUGCUCUGCUGCCAACUUUGUCAUGUUUUAACCUUCCCACUUCCUUUGGUUUUUAAACUGCUUUUGUUUUGUUUUGUUUUGUUUUUCCCUGGGAACAAGGUGCUAAUAUAGGUCUAAACAUAUGUAGUAACGGUGCUAAGAGAAAUAACAGUCCUCAUUCAUAGCCUUAUCUAUCACCACUAGAUUACUCACCCAGCUGUUUCCACACGCUCUCACCAGCCUUUUCUCUCUCCUGCGUCUUCACUGCUGAUUGUUCCUGUGCUAAAUAUCUGCUCUGCCUCACCAUCCGCUCUCAGACUUCUCUGAACUUCUCGCUAGCAGCACGUUCCUGGGCACUCAGACACAAAACCCUCUCAGCUGAUUCACCACCCCAGGCGCAGAUGCCAGCGAGGGAAGGCAGAGACAGAGGAUGUAGGAGGAUUGGGUUCUCAAGCAGAGCAGCUGCAGGUGGCAUUGUGGCCACCCAGCUCGUGGUAGGAAGGAUGGAGAGGGGUGAGAAAGACAGAGAGUGGUAGGAUUUUGUUUUCCUUUUUUUUUUCCCCUCCCAUUCCCAGGGUUUAGCAGUUAUUGGGCACAGAAAAAAAAAUAUAAACUGAACAAGCAAAUAGGGAAGCGCACAGAAUUUAAAACAAAUAAGAUGAAAUUAUUCCCAUCCUGUAAAAUCCUCUUGAGUAAUAAAGGUUUGAAAGUGC